GAGGAGAAUGUAAAGAUGGACAUUUUCAAUACAUUUAUCGAGUUGUUACGCCAAACUGGUAAUGUGACAAAAGGACAAGGUGACAUUGAUGAGUCUAGCCCUAGAUGGUUGCUGAAGCAAGAGGUACCCAAAGUUGUCAAGUCUAUCGAUAGUCAGUUAUAUGAAAGAUCAAUCAAGACAAAGGUUGGAGCAUUCUCAGUAUUGAAGGAGCUUGUUGUUCUAUUACCAGAUUGUCUUGCUGAUCAUCUUGGGUCCCUUGUUCCUUUGAUUGAGAUGUAUUUGAAUGAUAAAUCUUAUACCUCCAGCCUGAAGAUUGAAGCCCUUGCAUUUACUAGGAUUCUUAUGGCCCCACAUUCGCCCUCUGUGUUUCAUCCAUACAUCCAGAUAUUAUGUGAUGCAAUAGUAUCUGCUAUUGGAGAUAUAUAUUACAAAGUCACCGCUGAUGCUCUACGGGCGUGCGGGGAGCUAGUCCGGGUUCUCCGUCCAAAUUUUGAGGCACGUUCCAUAAAUUGCAGGCCAUAUAUUAGUCCAAUCUAUGAAGCUAUAUGGGCCCGCUUGGCCAAUCAAGAUCAGGAAGUUAAUGAGUGUGCCAUAUCGUGCAUGAGCCUUGUGAUCGCUACUUUUGGUGAUGGUCUUCAAAGGGAAUUACCGUCAUGCCUAUCCUUACUUGUUGACAGGAUGAGCUAUGAAAUAACACGACUUACAGCAGUCAAGGCAUUUGCGGUGCUUGCGAAUUCACCUCUUCGGAUUGAUCUUUCAUGUGUCCUGGACCGUGUCGUUUCUGACCUUACAACUUUCCUUCGAAAGGCUAACAGAGCCCUUAGGCAGGCAACAACAGGAACCCUAAAUUCUCUGGUUGUUACAUAUGGGGAUCAAAUUGGCCUGUCCUCUUAUGAGACUAUAAUAGCUGAACUAUCUAUUCUUAUAAGUGACAUCGACUUGCAUAUGUCUGUUCUUGCGUUGGAACUCUGUCGCACAAUAAUGGUCGACAGAAGUUCCUUCCAAAAUGUUGGUUUAGCUGUGAGACAUAAAGUUUUGCCUCAGGCCCUUAUUUUGAUCAGGAGUGCUUUGUUACAAGGACGAGCACUAGAGGCGCUGCAGAAGUUUUUUACUGCACUGGUCCAGUCUGCAAAUACAACCUUUGAAACUUUGUUGGGCUCCCUUAUUUCCACUGCCAAACAGUCACAGUUGGGCGGCCUUGCCAAGCAGGCACUAUCCUCUAUUGCACAGUGUGUUGCUGUGCUAUGCUUAGCAGCUGGUGAUCAGAAGUGUGCAUUGACUAUUGAAAUGCUCGAAGGCAUUCUAAAUGAUGUCAGUUCUACUGAUACUGCUAAACAACACAUUGCCUUGUUAUGUUUGGGAGAAAUUGGAAGAAGGAAGGACCUCAGCAACCAUGUUCAAAUUGAGAACACUGUAAUUGAAUCAUUCCAGUCACCUUCGGAGGAGAUAAAAUCUGCAGCAUCGUACGCUCUCGGAAACAUUGCUGUUGGCAAUCUAUCCAAGUAUUUGCCAUUUAUCUUGGAUCAGAUUGACAAUCAACAAAAGAAUCCGUAUCUCUUGCUUCAUUCACUGAAAGAGGUAAUUGCAUGGCAGUCUGUUGAUCAUACUGGCCAGGAUGAGCUCCAGGACUCAAACAUUGUGAAGAUAUUGGCGUUGCUCUUUAAUCACUGCAAAAGUGAGGACGAAGGAGUUCAGGAUGUGGUUGCUGAGUGUUUAGGCAAAAUUGCACUUAUUGAACCUAACAAACUAAUCCCUGUUCUGAAGGAAUGCACAUCUAGCCCAGCAGCAAACACAAGGGCUACGGUUGCCAUUGCUAUAAAAUAUUCAAUUGUUGAACGGCCUGGAAAGAUAGAUGCAAUCAUGUACUCUGAGAUUUCUACUUUCCUUAUGUUAAUCAAAGAUAGUGACAUGCAUGUGAGACGUGCAGCUAUCCUGGCGCUGAGUACAGCUGCCCACAACAAGCCAAAUUUGAUCAAAGGUCUUGUUCCUGAACUGCUCCCUCUUUUGUACGACCAGACUGUCGUGAAGCAAGAAUUGGUUAGGACAGCUUUCGAGCACGUCGUUGAUGAUGGGCUUGAACUUAGGAAAGCUGCCUUUGAAUGUGUGGACACAUUGCUGGAUAGUUGUCUUGAUCAAGUGAAUCCGUCGUCCUUCAUCGUUCCUUUCCUCUUAUCUGGUUUAGGUGAUCAUUAUGAUGUAAAAAUGCCCUGCCAUCUGAUUCUCUCAAAGCUAGCAGACAAGUGCCCCUACGCUGUUCUUGCAGUUUUGGACUCAUUAGUUGAACCCCUUGAGGAAACUAUUGGUGACAAACCGACGGGUGAUGCAGUGAAGCAGGAGAUUGAUCGCAAUGAAGACAUGAUUCACAGUGCUCUUCAAGCAAUUGCUGCUCUAAGCCGCAUAAGUGGCAGCGGCUACAGCAUGAAGUUGAAGAAUCUGAUGAGCAAGAUAAAGGCCACUCCUUCAUUUUUGAAUACGUUAGGAAAUACGUGCACAUGCCUGGGAAAUUCGAGGCGAUGAUCCAGCCUCGCAUUCGCCUUUUAUUGGCUGAAAGGUUGCACGGCAACAUGCGAGCAAAAGGAUGCUGAAGUGCUUUGCCAUCUGUCUUCCUGGUUUGUAGCUUAAAGGAGCGCCCGUCUCUGGUUCUUUGAUUUUGAGAUAGCUUACCACCUAUGCCAUGAAAGCCCCCCACGAACUAGCGCACAACUUGUGUGCGAUUCCUUUGCAAAUGUCUUGUACCAUUUCGGCUAGCUUCCUUUUUUUUUUCUGUAUUGUAUCUCACAGAGUAACAAAAAAGAAGAAGCAACCAUGCAUUUAGUGCUGA